AGUAACUACCCAGCAGCGACAGACAGGCAGUCUAAGGAGGAAAACAAUCGAAACGAGAGGCUUGCGGAAAUGGGUGUACGAAUACAGGUCGAAUAUUGCGGAGGAUGAGGAUACGAGCCCCGCUAUCAGGAACUUGCGCACGCGGUACGUGCGGAGUUCGCUGAUGCGGAGGUGUCUGGCUUCGUUGGGAGGCAAGGCAGCUUUGAGAUUGAGAUCAAUGGACAGCUAGUCUUCUCAAAGCUGGAGACCAGUGGCUUCCCAUAUGAAGAUGACGUCAUGGAUGCAAUUCAGAACGCCCAUGACGGCAAACCAGUAGAAAAGAUCACAAAAAGCCGCCCGCCCUGUGUUAUCCUAUAACCUUGGCAGCUGAAGUCAUGGCAACCUCCACAUCCUGUUGGGAGCUCAUCCAUCUUCAUCCUCUAAAUUCUUUUGUCCUUCACCUGAGCAUGACCCCCCUAAAAAUGUGCAAGAUUCUCACAAUGUUCCUGGGGCAUUGUUGCAAAGGUAUACUUAUAAAGUUAACAUGUACCAACAGUGUCCCUGAAACAUUAUGAAAAUGUUGAAAGUACACUGUAACAGAGUCUCCCUUCCUGGCAGUACAGACCACCGGUCAGGUGGGAUGAUUACAACCGUGAGACUUCUCUGUAGGCUAAAUGCGUCUUGAGUUCUCUGUGUUUCUACAUUAUCUACACCUGCUUGGUACACAGACUUUCAGUUGUGUAAGAAAUGUAGAUGAAAGGUUUAUUCUAAGCCACAGAGUUAAUAUGGUCAUCUUUGAAGUGAAGUCAACAGUGAGAUAUUCAGAAAUCCUGGUCUUUUCUUCUUUGUCCUUGGGGUGUCAGGUCUUCAAUGAUUACUUUAGCCAAAAAAGUGAGAGGUUAAGGUAUGAACCCCACAGCCCUGACACCCUCAUGUCUCACACCUUAGGGUGAAAGGACAAAGGUGGGAGAAGACCAGGGGACUGGGGGGGGGGGGGGGGUCCCUUAUUUUCACCCAAAGUCUGCAAGAUGUUCAGGCACUCCCUGAUAAAUAUUUUUGUUUUGUAAACAUUGGCCUGGUUCUGUUCAGAGCAUUAUGGGAUGUAAUUGCUUUUUUGUUUUAUUAACCAUUGGUUUGGUUCUAGUCAGAAUUUUCUAAUUUUAUACAUUUUCAGUAACAACUGUGGGUCUGUAGCUUGAUACAUAAUACACGAUUGGAAUGGCAUUAUCUAUUUAGAAUUUAAGGACUAAAAGGUGAACUGUUAACAUGCAUUGUUUGAAUAAUAUCCUUCCAAAAGCCAAGUUAAAUUUGAGCCUGUGCAAUUUAGUUUGCUCUGGAGGUUACAUUUGGGAACAGCUGUCUGAGUACAUUAUAAAAAUGUGUGUAAAACUUUACUGGGACAUUUUUAAAAUAUAGUUUCAGCCAAUAGAUUAUAGACUUUUGUAAAUGUAUUCAUAAUUCUUCCUUGAGGUGUAAUGCCACAAUUCUGGUAAAAAUUUGUUGAAGUCCUUUGAAGCAGGUCCCAUGAAGCAACUGAGUUUGUUGUUAGAUGUGUGAUGGACAUUGUCAAUGGUUUAUCUCCUGAGCUAAAUCAAUUCAGGUCUUGCUGCUUGUUGGAGACUGUGACAGAUACUGUAUAGGAUAUAAUACUGUAUCAGUUUCACAGAUGAGUUUCUAGUGUGCUGCGUUCCUUUCCAGGGUACUCGGAAGUGGAGUGCAUGUGGUGCCCUCCUGCUUCAUUCUUGUGUGUGAAACUUCAGAUGCAUUGUUAAUAAAUCCAUUACUUGAA